CACGAGCUGAAACGCAGUCAGAAAGCAAAGACGACUCUGAGGCCUUACACAGACAACAGAAUUCACUCUCAAAUACUGCAAAGAAAAGCCCCGGAAAAUGUGUAAAGGAUUAGCAGCUUUGCCCCAAAGCUGCCUGGAAAGGGCGAAGGAGAUCAAGUCAAAAUUGGGCGUUUUGCUGCAGAAGCCGGAAAAUGCCAUCGACCUCAUCAUCCCCUACCCAGAGAAGGCUGAGAAGAAGCCCGAGAAGCAGCAGAAGCCUACUCCCGAAGAGGCUGCUCAGUGGCGUGAGGGUCUGGACCGGGUCCUGAACAACAGCUAUGGUCUGGCUGCUUUCCGUAGCUUCCUGCAGUCCGAGUUCAGCGACGAGAACAUUGAGUUCUGGAUGACCUGCGAGGACUUCAAGAAAACCAAGAACCCCGUGAAAAUGGCCACCAAGGCCAAGAAGAUCUACGAAGACUACAUCCAGUCUGAGGGACCCAGAGAGGUGAACAUUGAUCACUUCACCAAGGACGUGACCCUGAGGAACCUGGUGGAUCUCUCCCCGACUACCUUCGACCUGGCCCAGAAGAGGAUCUUCGCCCUGAUGGAGAAAGACUCCUUUGGUCGCUUCCUUCGCUCUGAGCAGUACCAGCAGCUCCUGGUCUAAGCCAGAGCCCAGUCUGAGGAAACUGGGUGGAUGUGGGGCAGGGAGGUUUCAAACAGCAGUUGGUUAACAUGACAAAACAAAACACAUUUUACCGUUUUUGUAAUUAUUGGCCGUUUUUACAGCUUAUGAAACAAAAGGCUUCUUUUCUUUCACAAAGAGGCAAAAAAACGAUUUGAAAUGACGCUUUAUACUAAACUAAAGUGAAAGGCUGCCUCUUGAAACAGCCCUGCCUCCACAACCAACCGACACAACCCCAAACACAUUUCAUUUAGUCCUUCCAAAAUAAUUGCGGCUCUCCAAGAAUGACCCCACUCGUCAAAUAUGGCGAUUAAAAACCUGAUGUAUCGUUUUGUGCAAAGUUUGACCCCCUCAACAUCCUUUGAGUAAGCUGCAGAAUGCAGGGCAGACUUUCUGACAAAAAGCCCUACUGCAGGGGCAUUUCUACAGAAAUCUAGCAACAAGUAUAUCAAUAAUAGAAAACCAUUGGGAAUAUUUCUUUCUAAUUCUAAAUAUAACAACAGUUACAUCGUUGGCUGUUUGAAAUCAAUUUAAUUUGUUAAAUGCUUUCCAGCAAAAAUCAAAUAUUUUGUCAUUUGAAUAAAAAACAUCCUAACAAAGUGGACUCACCUCUAGUAUCAGUGCACAUGUAAUGGUUACCACAUAAGUGUUGUUUUGUCUCUUCACACUCACGUAGUCAGUCUUUGAUUUUCACCAAACUCCCCAUUUUGGAUGAAUCCCGUUUGGAUGUAUCCCAUCUUUGAGAAUAGUGCAGACUAGUUCAGUGGUGAAGCACCUUGACUUCCACUAAACUGCAUGUUGUUAGGUCGGGAAAAUCAAGUAGGAGGGAAUCAGAGAGAGAAGUGAAAAGAGCAGCGGUUUGAAGAGAAAGGUAUUUUUCCCAUGUUAUGUUACCACGGUUGUAUGCAAGCAACCCGAAUUAAUUAAAGGUCUCAUAUAUACACACCAUUUAAAAAUAAGGGGGACAGAGCUUGCAAAUCAAUGCAAAUGCUCUUUAUUAAGACUUCAAAGACGUUCUAAGUAAAGUAAUGGAAGGAAAAAGCCCACCAGUCAGAAAAGUAGACACUGAAUAGUGGCAAUUGAUAAAUCUGGCUAUAUGCACUUUUCACUUAUCUUUUAUUAUAUACUUAUAACAACAGGUUGUUAUUUGCUGAAAGCUGUAAGAACAUUGGUUCACCUAACACACUGAGCUGAGGCAUGGAUGGAUGUGACGGUGGAUUUGUUGGGUGUGCAAUGGUUAAGUUAGGUGUGCACUUUGGUUCAAUGUAGCGCUUGUUAAGUGUGAUUAUAUUUACUCUUUAGUGCUUUUUAUAUACAAAACAAAAGCAUUAUGUAUUAACCAACACAAUAAUAUUGUUAUCUAGAUAUUCAGCAUUUCACAAGUCCUUAUUGGUCCCUAUCACACAAAUAUCCAAAACUACACCAUCUAGAGCAGCAGUUGUGACUCACAAAUGGGAAGGGGGGAAAAAAAACAGUCAAAAAGAAUCUGUGGUAUUUCAAUUUUAAAACAGCUUUGGCAAGAGCCCAUUGUGGCACAGAUUAGCCAGUCUGGUGUCAUAACCCUCACUGUCAUGAAAGUCAAGAAUCCAGUCACAGGAAAAUCAAUAAGGACUUUAACAGUGCUGAGUAUGCGUCUUUUGCUGUAGAAUGCAUGUAACCUCUGGGGUCCAUCAUAUAAAAAAAUACAUAUAUGCAUACAACUCCUGAAGAUGUAUUUAUUUUUACGUGUAAAUAUCAAUUAUUUAAAUGGAACAUACGAUUAUAUGAAUGGACAACAGGCAAAGAUUCUAUCCCCAGAAUCGUCACCUUUUAUAAAAGAGGAAACACCUGA